CGGAGCUGUAGCAGGGGUUGGUGGUGGGAGACAAGUGGAUCAUGGUGGCCACAUGCGGCAACUCCCGGACGGUGCUCUCACGCGGCGGGGUGGCCGUGUCCCAUUUCUAUCCAUCAAGGAGACUACCUUCUCAAGCAGUUUUGACAAUGUUAGCGUGGUGGUGAUGGGGCUGAAGACUCACAAGGUGGUUGUCUCCUCCCAAUAAUUAUUGCUUAUUGACAUUGAUAGAUGGAUUGCAAGGUGUGCUUGAUACUACACUUUGUUUCAGCUUACUCAUGAUGCUGUCUAGCGCACAAGCAAUAGUUUCUCAAAUCCAGUUUGUGUUGGCGGGGAACUGUGCAUCGCUUUAAGUGUAGAGAAACAGUUUAAGCAUACUAUAUAGAUAGAUUUGGAGCGUUCAAUGCUAUAUGCACUGCGAGAGUUCCAGUGUUCUAACACCUCUAGUUCUAUGCUUGUGCCUGAGUGGCUUUGUGCGCGCAAGGUGCUCGACCCGAGUUCCGUGACUGCGACGGCUUGAUGUGGCACCUUUCGCUUGGAGGAGAAGUAAUCGUCAAGCAACCAAUGGCUUUACGUGUUGCUUAGAGGAGAAGUAAUCAUUAAGCAACCGUGGCCUAUAGAACAGGCGAGAUUACUAUGUCUAACUGGUGAUGGUAUCUGUGUCAUUUAUCAAUAACGUUCCAAUAUAACGGUUCAAAUAAUCGUUACGAGAUGAUUCGUUUGGUUGUUAUAAAUUCUGGGAACAGCUUGCCGCGAAGCGGGCCCCACGAGAUGGCCAAUUCUAAUUACUCCUGUCCGUCUCCAUCUUGUGUCUCUCUCUCCCUUCUCCUCUCCCGUUUCUUCUCUCGCUCCGAGGCGAAGUGGCGAAAAGGCGAGGAGAAGGACGAUGGACGGCGACCCGGAACUCGUGGGGGGAUUGGUGGGAAGAUGCAUCGAUGCGGCGACCGCAAGCGCGGAGAGCGUCGAGAGGUGGCGGAGGCAGCGGCGAACCCUGGAUCUCCUCCCCUCCUACCUCGCUGACGCCCUCCUCCGACGCAUUAUCCAACGCCGCAUCCUCCUCUACCCCUCCUGGCUCGAAAUUUUUCAGAAUUCUGCAGAGGAGAUUGACUUGAAAGGUGAGAGCUCGGUUGAUGUGGAGUGGUUGGCAUAUUUGGGUGCAUUUCGUCAUUUACGUCGUUUGAAUCUUGCCAACUGCAGGGCAGUCAACAAUUCUGCAAUAUGGUAUCUUUCAGGAAUGAAUAAUUUAAAAGAGUUGGACUUGUCAAGGUGCUCUAAGAUUACUGAUGCUGGCAUUAAGCAUGUUUUGGCCAUUCAAAAUUUGGAGAAACUACAUGUGUCGGAGACUGGAUUAACUUCUAAUGGAGUUGUUCUCCUUUCUUCACUUCAAAAUCUGAAUCUACUGGAUUUAGGAGGAAUUUCCAUUACUGAUGAGGCACUUUGUUCAUUACAGGUUUUGACAAAUCUUGAGUAUCUGGAUCUAUGGGGUAGUAAAAUUUCGAACAGAGGAGUUCCUGUCCUUGAAAUGUUUCCCAAGUUGAGCUUCUUAAAUAUAGCAUGGACAGAGGUCACCGAGUUGCCAUAUCUUCCUUCUAUAACAUGUUUGAAUAUGAGUAAUUGCACCAUUUGCUCUAUAUUUUAUGGAAAAGGCAGCACAAGUGCCCCUUUACUGAAGCUUUUUGGUCUUGGAGCCACUUUUGUUGAUGCUGACAAAGUAUUUUCCAUCAUAGAUACUAGCCAUGUAAUGUACUUGGAUGUUUCUAGCUCUUCUAUUUGCAAUUUGCAUUUUUUGGUCAAAAUGGACAUGAUUGAGCACUUGGAUGUUAGCUUCUGUGGAAUAACUGAUGAUUCAGUUGAAUACAUUGCAAAAGCUGGGAAAGGUUUGAAAUUCUUGAAUGCCAGCAAUAGCAAGCUCACAUCCCAGGGAAUAUGUGUUUUGGCUGGAAAUGUCAUCAACUUGGAAACCCUGUAUCUGUCAAAUACAUCAGUUGAUGAUGUUGCACUUUCCUAUAUCGCAUUGAUGCCUUCUUUGAGGAUUGUUGAUUUAAGCCGAACAAAAAUAAAAGAUGAAAGAAUCAAGUACAGCAUGGAGGACUUGUUGGGGUUGCAGCUCUCAUCUUCAUCAACUCCAGCUUUGCAUGGUCUAAAUAUGCUACCAAAGGAACUGAAGAGAAGUAAGAUGAGCAAUCAUAUUUCCUUCCUGUAAGUUUGUAAUGAAAGCAAAUUUGUGAAGUGUAAAAUUAUUUAGUAAUUUGCUCCUUUAACAGCUUCUCUAUAUGUAUGUGGUAACAAUCUAAGGUUAUUGUUAUGCAUACAAAGUAACUAA